UCCGGAGAAUCGAACGAAAGGGGAAAAGGUCUUUGCCCCGGCGGUCAACGAACGAGAGGCCGAAAUUUCGAGAAAAGACGAUGGAGAAGGGAAGAUCAACCCGCAGGUAUAAAAGCCCUGGAUGCUCGAUCGAGCAUUCAUUAAUCAGUACGCAGUUUUCCAACACAGUUCGAUCUUCAGAGAAUAGUUUCUCGCGAUAGAGUCAGUGAUUAACAAUCAAUCGGUCAGUCAGUUUGAAUCAAAGAAAUUUCGCAAACUUCUCAUUCGUCGAACCUGCUGAGGGUGCCGCCGACUCCCCUUGCGAUCAUCCGCGAGCAGCGUGAAUCCAAGCGAAACAACUACGACCAAUCACCGAGCAACCUUGCCAAUUUCCAGCCUGAGGCUUAUGAGCCUUGCGGACGUGCUGCAUCGUCAGAGCACUCAACUUACAAUUCCUUCCUUUUAUCCUAUUCCUGAUUGCUUUGCGGGUGAAUUACGGCUUGCUCAGACCAAAAUUGUAUCUUCGUCGUGCAUAUAUAAGGAGAAAAGGUUUUUCUUGCGCUCAUAUAUAUACAAAGUCCGGCGCUGCAGUUUCUGUCAGCGCUUAGGACAUACAGCGUCUUCGUGCAAAAAGGCUUCUUCUGAUAAACAAUUCUGCGAACGGUGCGGAAAGUCAGGAUACUCUAAGCCCGACUGUUUAAGUGACGUGUUCGAAUGCAUUAAUUGCAUUAGAAUCAAACACAAAGAUUACAAACACCAGGCCUCGGACGCAAAGUGCCAUGCUUAUAUGAGGCAAAAAGACACACACAAGUUGAUGGCGACAAGGGACCUUUUGUUUAGAGAGGCGUCAGAGCUCUUUGAUAAAGAAGGUGAGGUUUUCAGGUUUACUGCUUCCUCUGGGUCUAAGGGCGACGGGCGUAGGCCGGAUCUUGAUCGUCCAGGGUGUCGGGGGGCUGACAGUGGGACGCCACCUCUCGGUAGUGCCGUGUUGGUUCUCGCCGCUGCUCGGACGGUUGCGCGCAGUGAGCAGUGGUUGCCGUACGAAAAAGAUGGCUUUUACCAAAAGCUUGAACAUUAUGCAGUGAAACUGCCGUUCCUUGCCUCGCAGCCCUCCCCGGUGGUCUUGCAAUUACAUUGAAGUCAAUUUCUGGACUUCAUUUCUCCAACUGUGCUCGAAGUUUGAACCAUCCAUAAUUUGCGGGGACUUCAAUGGAAAAAGCUCGUUGUGGAGCAACUCUCCCACGUAUUAUACCAAUGAAUGAAGGUGUGACGGUGCAACCGACGGCAGAACUGCAGGCGCAAAGCCAAAUCCCAUUGGGCGAGGGCCGCCGAGAGAGGAAGCGAUAUGCGAGAGAAGUUGCGCAAGCGCUAGAAUUAGAAACAGACGAAGCGAUGGCGCAGCUGGAAAGAUUGAUGGAGAUGGCGCAGGAGGGCGCGCAGCACCCGGAUGAGGACUCAGAGGGCAGCACCAUCGGCGCGAGCGACCCGUAUUGGAAAGGCCGCGAAAUUUAAAAAGAAAAAAAAAAGAGAAAUCAAGAAACAAAUAGAAAUAAGGAUAUAAAUGUAAAUGAAAUUAUUAUAUGGUGAUGGGAAAUAAAAAAGUUAUUAUUAAUAUUACAUCUAUUGUUAGAUAGCGUAAUUGGUAAAAAGAAUAAUCAAAAGAAGUCGGAAGGCUCGCGUUAAUACGUUUUUUUUAUUAUCAUUAUUGUUAUAUUUUAAUUAUUAAGAUUUCGGUGAACAAGGUAAAUUAAGCAAGGGAAGAAAUAAAGGCACAUAACUAGAGAUAAAUAGGAAGAUUAAAACAGGACUAAUAAUAGAAGUAGUAGAAGACUGGAGAGAAACUUCUCGAACAUUCGGGGUAAUAAAAAAAGGAAAGUUAAGAACAAAAAUUAGAAGGAAAGGAUAAAGGGAGGCAUUAGAUGGCGAAAGCGAUAGGAAAAAUUUAUUAAGAGAUAUAAUUUAAAAAAACAUACCCCCGAAGCUUCGAGAAGAUCUAAAGCUAGCGAAGACAAGAGAGGGAAGAAGCAAUAUAAAGAAGCGAAUCGAGACGCAAGGGAUCGUCAGUGAUCGGUCGAGCGAAAAGAUCGAGGAAAACUCGUAGGAAACGCGAAAAAAUCGGCCGCGGCGAUAUUUAACGAAAAAUCAUCAGCGUAAUUGAGAUAACGCACCAAUAUUACAAAUUCUGCAAGAAAGGAAAAGUUAUGUGAUUUUGUGAUAUAGUUAGGCGUUCG